AUGUCACAGAUUCAGUGGAUCAAGGGGCCAAUAUGUGGUGUCGAUAACUGCAGAUCACGACUAUAUCGUUCCAGCGAUGGAAUGAAAAUAUGCCAAUAUGGCCAUGUAAUGGAUGGUAAUGUAGAGAUCAAUGAUGAGCAUGACGAAGGUAUAGUGUCAACUCGAAGAUUAAACGUGCCGUUGGGAGGUCUAGGAGCUGAUUAUGGAUUUCUGACAUUUGAACUGUCACAAGCGAUGCAAGCAAGGGAUAGCAAUCGAAGGUUAUAUGGAAAUGAUGGUCGUAAGCUUUAUUUAAGAUGUCUCCAGGUAUUAUUGAAACGACAAACAGAACAUAUUGUUCGAUUAAUGUUGGAUGAGUCUUCUCUUGGGGAUGUCAUGAUUAUAGUGAAAACUCACUGGCUUAGGUGUUUGAAGUUUUGUUUAAGGAGUAGCCACUCAGAACCUGUUGAUGAAAUGAUUCACUUCAGAUAUAAUGAUCCACAAAAUGUUCUCCCUAAUGCAUUGGACUUGAUAUCUAUCAUCUAUUUAUCAGUCUUAAAAUUAAAUGCGUAUCCUCUUUACGUUAGAGAUCUAAUAGAUAACAUCAGGACAAAUAAAAUCCCAUACGUGAGAACUACACAUUUGAUACCAAAGCAUUAUUUAGACAAACUACCCUCAUCCUACUUUCAGCUAUUACAACCCCCAACCUUACCUAUAAAAAAUGAAUUAUAUUCUAGUAUUCAGAUUAAUGGCUUCCGGACAAAUCUGCUAGAGGGAAAUUGUUUAAAAAGAUCCAUAAAUUACUAUUAUUUGUUAAUAUUUAGAAUUUUUUCUGAAUCAUUAAUCCUUCCUUCCGCUGCAAAUCUUUUUAUCUUAUUCAAUCAGUUGUUCAAUAAACUCGAUGAAACCUUAGAACUAGUAUUCGAGUCACGCACAAGGAGGAGCAGUUCAAAUCUAAUAGACUUUCCCGACUUGAAAAUUUUAGCAUUAAUUAUUUUUACGAUAAAAACUCAUUUUGCAUUUGAUGAAUCCAGAAUAAAUCUUAAAGAAUGGUUGGAGAGAAUAGAUAUGCAUGAAUUGAACGGUGAGUACUCUUUCUCUACCUCAAGUAAGUUAGACCUAUUGAACUGGUCUGACACAAAGACAGAAAAGUAUUGUCAAUGGUUGUAUGAAAAUAUAAUUCCUCCGACUAAUAAAUCCCAAAACAACGGUGCCGAACACCAGCCUCUGACCGGUUCUGAGUUGUCUAUAAUGGAGAGAAGAUUAUUUCAAAUUUUUAAUGUAGAGCCUGGCAGCUACAAUAGAAGUGACUCCUUGAAUAAUGCCAGGGAACCAAAAUUACUGUCCCUAAAUGAAAUCCUACAAAGUAUGGCUUUAGAAACGACUAAGAUAAAUUUGAGUGAUUUAUCGGCCAUGGAGGAGAAGUUAUUCAGUAAACUAUCUAAUGAUUUUGGUGUUACUUCGAAACUCCUUCGUGAAUGUUAUAAUGCUCUUGAACUAAGAAUUAAUGCAAAACUUAUUGCCCGAUAG